AUGAAAUUCCUCAUAAUUUUACUCGUAAUAUCUCCCAUUUACGUCAUUGGCGAUGUACUCGGUGAUCUGUUAGGAGAAGAAUUGUAUCUAGUUGAUAAUAUUCGUGCGAAGAGACAGACGCAUGCACAGCAACAACAGAUAAAUUAUAGGCCUUAUUCACAAGCGCCAGCACAGAUCAAACAAUUAUUGGCCUCUCAACAAACCCGUGAUCCAUUGGUACAUAUACCAGCUCAGCCGGCACCACAAUUGUCAAACGGACCAAGACCAGAACCAGUUUAUCAGAGUCAGGCUCAAGUUGCUUCUUAUAAGCCAGAGAUUCGAUUAGGUUCGGCACCUCAGCAACCAAGUUACAAACAGAUCCCAGUAGCUCCAGCUCAGUAUAGACCACCGGCAGGUGCCGCUCAAGCUCAGGGUCGUCAAUAUACACCGCAAUAUCAAAGUUCUGCACCUCGGGCUAGUUAUCAGCCACAGGCACAAGCACAGCCGCAAUACUCGAAACAAUUGCCCUCGGAACUUCGACAAUUAUUACAAAUCCAGGCUGGAUUACCUAAUGCCAUUCCUCACGGUCGGCAAGGUUAA